GUGCAGAGGCCGUUCCCAGCCCCGCUCCCGCCAUGACGGACGCUGCGCGCGAUGCCGGCCCCAAGCAGGCGGCGCCGGCGCGGCCGGACAAGCCGGCUGCCGACUUCGGCUACGUGGGCAUCGAUGCCAUCCUGGAGCAGCUGAGGAGGAAAGCCAUGAAACAGGGCUUCGAGUUCAACAUCAUGGUCGUGGGUCAGAGUGGCUUGGGGAAAUCCACGUUAAUCAACACUCUCUUCAAAUCCAAGAUCAGCCGGAAAUCUGUACAGCCAACUGCUGAGGAGAGGAUCCCCAAGACCAUUGAAAUCAAAUCCAUCACUCAUGAGAUUGAGGAGAAGGGAGUGCGCAUGAAGCUGACGGUCAUCGACACGCCGGGCUUUGGGGACCACAUCAACAACGAGAACUGCUGGCAGCCCAUCAUGAAGUUCAUCAAUGACCAGUAUGAGAAGUACCUGCAGGAGGAGAUCAACAUCAACAGGAAGAAGCAGAUCCCUGACACGAGGGUGCACUGCUGUAUUUAUUUCAUCCCAGCCACGGGCCACUCGCUGCGGCCGUUGGACAUCGAGUUCAUGAAGCGCCUGAGCAAAGUGGUCAACAUCGUGCCGGUGAUCGCCAAAGCCGACACGCUAACGCUGGAGGAGAGGGACUACUUCAAACAGCGGAUAAUGGCUGAUCUCCUGGCCAAUGGCAUCGAUGUGUACCCCCAGAAGGAGUUUGAUGAGGACUCUGAAGAUCGGCUGGUGAACGAGAAAUUCCGGGAAAUGAUCCCAUUUGCAGUGGUGGGCAGUGACCAGGAGUACCAGGUGAAUGGAAGAAGAAUCCUUGGGAGGAAGACCAAGUGGGGCACCAUUGAAGUGGAGAACACAACACACUGUGAGUUCGCCUACCUGCGGGACCUCCUCAUCAGGACACACAUGCAGAACAUCAAGGAUAUUACCAGCAACAUCCACUUUGAAGCCUACAGGGUGAAGAGGCUGAACGAGGGCCAGAGCUCUCUGUCCAACGGCGUGGCUGACAAGGAGCUGGUGGCCAACGAAAUGUAACCGUCCCUCGCCGCAGCCAGGACCUCGCUCGCUCACGCUCGCUCUUUCUCCCCUCUCCCCCCUUUAUUUUUAUAUAAAUCCUCUGCCACUGUCCCUCUUGCCCUGCUCCCUGACCCCCUGCCAUGUAAACUGACCAAAUAACCAGACGUGGAGCGGGGUGGCCGCUCUCCCCCUGCUUUGUGCCAUGAGUUUUGUGCUCAGCCCCCGGAGCGGCGUCCCUGGCCCGGGGUCCGUCCCUCUGUGCAGGCUGGGAUCUCACUUGCCCCCAGCUGUGGCCCCACAGCCACACCAGGGGAGCCGAUCUGUGGGGCCAGCAGGGCUGGGGUGCCCUGGGAGCCCUUGCAGCCCCUCCUCUCCGUCCAUGGAAGGCGAGGGCUCCUCCAGGUGGAUGGAGCCUUCAGGGCGAGGUACGGUGGGAUGAAGAGAGCAAGCCAGUGCCAUCCUUGUCUCCUACAGCCCUCUGGGAGCCACCAGCCCCCAAACCAGCCCCUGUACCCUGUCUACAUGCAAUAAACUGGGAGUGUUGAGGUGUCACCUCACCUGUCACCGACCCCCGGCCAGGCAGAGCGCCCUGCUUUGGGAGAAGUGCCUUUUAGACUGUGACCUUGCAAUAGCGUGGGAGAGGGGAGGGAGGCUCUGCCUUGUCUGUCUCUGCAGCCUGCACAAGGCUGUGAACCUCCACAGAGACUCUCAUUCCCUCUCCCUCGGGCCAGAGCUGUGGCUGAUGUCCUGGGAACACUUGUGUAUUUAUUUGUCACUCAGUUGGGUGGGUCUUUGUCCUCUGAAGGCUCUGAGUGUGUUUGUCCUGAGGGGGCUGAGUGUGGAACUUUGUCUCUGCAAAGCAGUGCUGGGAGGCAGAGGGUUGUCCUGUCUGACCCUUGUGAUUCUUGGGCUUUUCCCUACAUCAGAGGAGGCUCUUGGGUAGCUGUAAAUUCCUUUUCAUUUCCUGGGUCCCCUGUGUGUCCAGGGAAGAUGCUCCUGUUGUGCUGGUCCUUGUGCAGGGUGUCUGUGCAUGUGCUGACCGAGCCCUGCAGCUGUGGGGGGAGCUGGGGGGUGUUUGUGGGUGCUGCUCCCCCAGCUCUGCCCCCAGACCCUUCUCUUUCUGUGUAAAUCAGACCCUGCAAGCAUUAGGUAGCACUGUGACACAGGAGCAGGGGUUCCUGGAGCAAAGCUCUGCAGUCCUGCCCCUCUCCCCAGCUCCCCUUUGCCUUUCUGGUGUCCACCAGUCUCCCAGUCCUCUCUAAGGGAAAAAAACUUCCUGCAAAUCACCCAUAUGGGGGCACACACUGAAGUGGCAGCGUGUCCAUGCUCUAGCACUGGAAGGCACCUGCAGAGCCCACGGGGGACAGAGCCUGGCUCAGCACAGGAGGAGGGAGGAGGUUGCUCUCCCCUUGCUGGGGCUCCCCAGCUUUUCAGGGGCUCCCCACACACCCCCCCAGCAGCCAAAGUGGGGUGAAUUGUGAGAAUCCCUUCUCCCCUUCACUCACAUCCCCCCUCCACAGCAGCCCCACAGAGCUGUUGGGGAACAACAACUCUCUACUUGCUGACUUGCUAUAUUUUAGCAAAAAACAACCACAAAUGUAUUAACUGAAAAAAAAAAUAUUUCAAGUGUUAAAAAAAGACUGAAAGGGGAGAAAAAAACCUCUUGUGUGAGGCACUCCUGUAAAUGCCAUCUUAAACUUUUUUUCCCUCUAGUUGGUAUCUCAAGCUGGGCCAAGCAAGACACGCCGCUUUCUCCUUUGUAUCCUGACUUUUUUUUUUUUUUUUUGAAGGAAAAAAAAGAAAAUAAUACAAUAAAAAGCCCUUCAUCCAGAUCUAUUAAAAAUGGCCUUUUGGGGGUUAUAAGCAUUAUGAAAAUUUAGUCCAUUUUUGUAUAAAUAAUAGUGUUUAAUAUGUAUUUCCCAAAAUAAAUGUUUCGAAUGCAAAUAGAA